UAUGUUAUCUUCCCGAGUUUUUCAUGUAAUUCACGAUAUUCGCUUAAGUUUUCCGAUUAUUUCGUAUACAAAAUAUUUUCACCAUGAAUUCAAUAAUCCGGAACCAAUAAAAUCUAAGGAUGACACCACACAACAGAUUCCAUCGAAUGUACGUAAUAAAUACAAAGUUUUCCGCGACGAAGAUUCUCCAGAGAUUUUCGAUGUCGAAGAAGAAAAGGAACGUUAUCAAAUAGAAGAUGAACCCGAACAGGAUUUAAAUGAAGACUUUCUGGGGCUAAAUUUAGAACAUGGAGUCCAUGGUGUAUUUGAUGUCGAGGACCUAGUCGACGUGCUUCGAAUGGAAAACGCCGAAGACAUCUUCGUUUGCACUGUCCCCAAAGAAUAUAAAUACGUUGACUAUAUGGUCGUGGUGACUGGCAGAAGCUUUCGACACAUGUUGGCCACAGCCGAAUUUGUCCGACGUGUGUUUAAGAAGAAGCGCUAUCAAGGUGAAAGUCUACCCAAAAUCGAAGGUGAAAAGAGCAAAGACUGGAUGGCCAUGGAUUUGGGAAACAUGACUCUACACAUUUUCUCAGCAGAAGCUCGAGAGAAAUACGACCUAGAAUCGCUAUGGAGCAUAGGAUCGCAAUAUGAUCAAGAAACCAACAAACCAAAAGACCCUCUAAUCGAGUUGUUCGAGAAACAUUCGAAUCUUCUCAAUAACCUGAAGCCCUAAUACUAACAAAACACAAUUAAAGCUUUAAUCUUUAUUUAAAUAUAAAUUUGUAUUUCUCA